CCGGGAGCGCCUGCGCUGUGCGUUUUGGGGACGGCCGCCGACCGCCGCGCGCGCACCGACGAGCCAAAGGGCAGCAUCAUGGGGGCAGGCGCCUCGGCCAUCCCCGUCGACGAGCUCACAAACCCCGCUGAAAGAGCUCUGUACGCGAAGCUCAAGGCCCAGUACGACGCCGAGGUUGAGUCAUGCGACACCGAUACAGAGAAAGCCAUGUUAAUGAAAAAACUAAGACAGCAGUACGAUCAAGAAGUCUUGAGUACGACCAUGGAGGACCACGCCGCUAUACAAUGCGGCGACGUCGUGCAGGCGCCCGUCGAGGGGAUGUUUUACGAGGGCGUGGUCAUUGCGAUCAACGGCAUGAUGUGCACGGUCGACUUUGGCGAGGAUGACGUCCAAUCUGUACUCUUGGAUGUGUGUCGGCGAGUUCUAGCGUGGCACACGAUCGAGGUCGGCGAUGAGGUCAAAGUGAGGGAUGUCGACAGCGCGUUGGAGUUCGUGGGCCACGUCACGCAAGUGACGACGGGUCCCGUGGGUCCCGUCUACGAAGUCAAGUACGAUGAGACUGAUGAGGUCGAAAAACACAUCGCGCCGGACCGACUAAGGAAGGUCAAAUCCGCUCGUUCUUCGGCCAUCAAGCGGUGGCACAAGGCCUACACGGUCAUCGUGGCCGCCCACGCCUUCGAACAGGCGGGCAAGGGCGAAUUGGAUCUGUCGAGUGAGAGUAAAGAGGAGAGCAAGAUCGACCGCACGGUGUCGGGUCGAAAUGUUGGAGAUGGUGCGGUCGGCGUCCUGCCGAACGCGGACGGUCUCGAUCCGGACUAUGAAGGGGCCAAAUAUGCGAGAGGGGCUCAGGCAGCGAGAGAGCACCACGAGUCCAAGGACGGCCACGUCGAGUUGCUGGCGAUGGACGACGUGGUGUACGCGGACGAGGGCUCGGCGCUGGACCCCGACUACGAAGGGGCGAAGUAUGCGCGCGGGGCGGCCGCGGCGGGUGCCAUGCCCGAGGAGUAAGUGGGCACGUGUA